AUGAGUAAUUUCAAAGAAGUAACACGGAGCGUGACCGAGGAAGACCUCGGCGUCUUGUGGCGAGUGUGUACCUACGCGGCCGUCAUGAUGCUCAUGUUGGUGGCGCUGGUGCUGUUCAUCAAAGCGUACAUCCGCAUCAGCAAAGGAGUCUGCAAGUCCACACAAACGUUGAACGGCAAGACUGUCAUCGUCACCGGAGCCAACGCAGGGAUCGGGAAAGAGACGGCGAAAGAACUGGUCAGAAGGAAAGCUCGGGUCAUCUUGGCUUGUCGAAACUUGGAGAAGGGAAAGGAGGCUGCGCAGGAGAUCUUGGAGGAAACGCAGCAGCCCGUGGUAGUGAAGCACCUGGACUUGGCGUCGCUCAAGUCGGUCCGACAUUUCGCCGAGGACAUUUUGAAGACGGAGUCGAGGCUGGACGUUCUGAUCAAUAACGCUGGAAUGUCGACGUAUAACACCGAAGUUGAAUUGACAGAAGACGGAUACGAAGUUUGCUUCCAGGCAAACUACAUCGGACACGUCCUGUUGACUCUCCUCCUUGCAGGGCUGCUGAAGAAGAGCGCGCCGAGCCGUGUGGUCAACCUCUCGUCCAUCCUGCAUCACCUGGGCAACGCGGACAACUUGCGAGCCAAGGCGACGGGAACCGAGCGGCCGUCGCACCCCGUUCUGAUCUACUGCCACACCAAGAUGGCCCUGCUGGCCUUCACCAGGGUGCUUGCAGAGAAGCUCAAGCCUCACGGUGUAACCGUGAACGCUCUUCAUCCUGGUUCUGUGAAGACGAACAUCGUCGCCAAGGAUGCCACGGGACUCGUAGCAGCUUUUGUCACGUUCGUUUUCGACUACUUUGGAAAGACCCCCAAGGAAGGAGCGCAGACGUCCGUUUACGCUGCCGUUGAUCCCUCACUGGCCAACACGACCGGAAGGUACUUCGUGGAUUGCAGCGAGGGCUGGAUGAACUGGAAGGCCCUCGACAAGGACAAGAACAGCGUCGCAUUUGAGACGUCUCUCGAACUCGUGGGACUUAGCGAAAAGGAAGUUGACAAAAUUCUGGAACAGUGA